AUGGCCCAUGCCGCUGCCCACUUGAAGAAGGCACGAGAAAUCGAGCUUCAUCCAGAGUACAAGGCGCUACAGAAAGCCAGGGAGAGGCGACGGCGCCAGCGUGAGAGAGCUGAAAGAAAGCGGCAGUCGGACAGCAACACCAGUUUCCUGCGAGCUGCCAGAGCUGGAAACAUUGAUAAGGUCCUUGAGUUCCUAAAAAAUGGGGUUGAUAUUAGCACAUGCAACCAGAAUGGAUUGAAUGCCUUGCAUUUGGCAGCCAAAGAGGGACACCAGGAUCUAGUGGACGAAUUGUUGGAGAGAGGAGCACCCGUUGACUCAUCCACAAAGAAAGGAAACACUGCUCUUCACAUUGCCUCGCUGGCUGGGCAAAGAGAGGUGGUCCGUUUGCUGGUAAAGAGGGGUGCUAACGUGAACUCGCAGUCUCAGAAUGGCUUUACCCCGCUCUACAUGGCUGCACAAGAGAAUCACUUGGAGGUCGUAAGAUACUUGUUGGAAAAUGAUGGAAACCAGAGUAUUGCGACAGAGGAUGGCUUCACCCCCCUUGCCAUCGCACUCCAGCAGGGUCACAAUUCAGUGGUGUCACUACUGCUGGAGCACGACACUAAAGGCAAAGUGCGCCUGCCUGCCCUGCAUAUCGCGGCCCGCAAGGACGACACCAAGUCAGCCGCGCUGCUUCUCCAGAACGACCACAAUGCUGACGUCCAGUCCAAGAUGAUGGUCAAUAGAACUACUGAGAAUGGGAAGAGUGGUUUCACCCCUCUGCACAUCGCAGCUCACUAUGGCAACGUGAAUGUCUCCACCCUGUUGCUGAACAGAGGAGCCGCUGUGGACUUCACAGCCAGGAAUGGAAUCACGCCUCUGCAUGUAGCCUCAAAGCGAGGCAACACCAACAUGGUAGUCCUGCUGUUGGACCGAGGAGCUCAGAUCGAUGCUAAAACUCGAGAUGGACUUACUCCUCUACACUGUGCAGCCAGGAGUGGACAUGAUUCAGCAGUGGAGCUGCUGUUGGAGAAAGGCGCGCCCAUUCUCGCCAGAACUAAGAAUGGAUUGUCCCCGUUGCACAUGUCAGCCCAGGGUGACCAUGUGGAGUGUGUGAAGCUACUGCUGCAGGACAAAGCUCCUGUUGAUGAUGUCACACUGGAUUACCUCACAGCACUGCACGUUGCAGCUCACUGUGGGCACUACAGGGUCACCAAACUGCUACUGGAUAAGAAGGCCAAUCCCAAUGCCAGAGCACUAAAUGGAUUCACGCCCCUACACAUCGCUUGUAAAAAGAAUAGGGUGAAGGUGAUGGAAUUGCUGGUGAAAUAUGGCGCGUCCAUCCAGGCAAUUACUGAGUCUGGCUUGACACCGAUUCAUGUCGCUGCCUUCAUGGGUCAUCUCAACAUUGUCCUACUUCUACUGCAGAAUGGGGCGUCGCCUGAUGUCCGCAACAUUCGUGGCGAGACAGCUUUGCAUAUGGCGGCCCGAGCAGGCCAGAUGGAGGUGGUGCGCUGUUUGCUGAGGAACGGGGCACUGGUGGAUGCCAUGGCCAGGGAGGACCAAACUCCCCUUCACAUUGCAUCUCGUUUAGGGAAAACUGACAUUGUCCAGCUGCUCCUCCAGCACAUGGCCCACCCGGAUGCUGCUACUAUUAAUGGUUACACCCCUCUCCACAUCUCAGCCAGAGAGGGCCAAGUGGAGACAGCCGCUGUGCUCUUGGAGGCAGGAGCUUCACACUCCAUGGCCACCAAGAAAGGAUUUACUCCCUUACAUGUAGCUGCUAAGUAUGGAAGCCUUGACGUUGCAAAAUUACUUCUUCAACGCAAAGCGCUCCCUGAUGAUACAGGCAAGAAUGGACUAACUCCGCUCCAUGUGGCGGCUCAUUAUGACAACCAAGAGGUAGCGCUCCUGCUGCUGGACAAAGGGGCCUCACCUCAUGCUACUGCAAAGAAUGGCUACACUCCUCUUCACAUCGCAGCAAAAAAGAACCAGACUAACAUUGCACGAGCCCUUCUACAGUAUGGCGCAGAGACCAAUGUUCUGACCAAGCAGGGUGUCAGUCCUCUUCACCUAGCUGCACAGGAGGGACAUGCCGAGAUGGCCAGCUUGCUGCUGGGCAAGGGCGCUCACAUCAACACUGCAACCAAGAGUGGGCUGACUCCUCUGCAUCUCACAGCACAGGAGGACAGGGUCAGUGCUGCAGAAGUAUUAGCUAAACAUGGUGCCAACCUGGACCAGCAAACAAAGCUUGGUUAUACUCCUCUCAUAGUAGCCUGUCACUAUGGUAAUGCCAAGAUGGUCAACUUCCUGUUACAGCAAGGUGCCAGUGUGAAUGCCAAAACCAAAAAUGGAUACACAUCACUUCACCAGGCAGCACAACAAGGGAACACACACAUUAUUAAUGUUUUGCUGCAGCAUGGGGCCAAACCAAGUGCAACUACAGCGAAUGGAAACACUGCUUUAUCCAUUGCCAGACGUCUGGGUUACAUCUCAGUGGUGGACACACUGAAAGUGGUCACGGAGGAAGUCAUCACUACCACAACAACAGUCACAGAAAAACACAAACUCAACGUGCCAGAGACCAUGACGGAAAUCCUUGAUGUGUCAGAUGAAGAAGGUGAAGACACUAUGACUGGCGACGGAGGCGAGUACUUAAGAGCAGAGGAUCUCCGAGAGCUUGGAGAUGACUCUCUGCCAGGACACUACUUAGACAGCUUCAGUUACAUGAGCCACAACCUGGACAGGUCUGAAGUGCCGACCCACAUCUUCCAUCAGAGGGAUGGUGUUCUCAUUGAGGACAUGAUUACCAGCCAUCAAGUGGCAGCACUGUCAAGGGAGCAAGACAAGGACUCGUUCCGCUUAAGCUGGGGGGCUGAGCACCUUGAUAAUGUGGUGCUGUCCUCCAGUCUGCUGCAUUCUGGCCGUUCGUCUCCUUGCCUAGACCAUGACAACAGCAGCUUUCUGGUCAGUUUUAUGGUAGACGCAAGGGGCGGAGCCAUGCGCGGCUGCCGUCAUAAUGGCCUUAGAAUCAUCGUGCCGCCAAGGAAGUGUUCUGCACCUACGAGGGUGACGUGCAGGCUGGUGAAGAGACACCGCCUGGCUUCCAUGCCCCCUAUGGUCGAAGGAGAGGGGCUUGCCGGGCGCAUCAUUGAAGUGGGACCUACUGGAGCCCAGUUUCUGGGUAAGCUUCACCUUCCCACAGCUCCGCCCCCUCUGAAUGAGGGCGAGAGUCUGGUCAGUCGCAUCCUGCAACUGGGUCCUCCAGGAACAAAGUUCCUCGGUCCUGUGAUUGUGGAGAUCCCACAUUUCGCCGCACUGAGGGGCACUGAGAGGGAGUUGGUCAUUUUGAGGAGUGAAACAGGAGAAAACUGGAGGGAGCACCAUUGUGAUUUCACAGAAGAGGAGCUCAACCAGAUACUUAACGGAAUGGAUGAAAAACUGGAUUCCCCGGAGGAACUUGAGAAGAAAAGAAUCUGCCGCAUCAUCACGCGAGACUUCCCACAGUAUUUUGCCGUGGUGUCUCGAAUAAAGCAAGACAGCCAUCUUAUCGGUCCGGAGGGCGGCGUCCUCAGUAGCACUCUUGUUCCCCAAGUACAGGCUGUCUUCCCUGAGGGAGCACUUACUAAGAAGAUCCGAGUUGGGCUACAGGCUCAACCUAUUGAAGUUGACUUAGUGAAGAAGGUCCUUGGCAACAAGGCAACAUUCAGUCCAAUUGUCACGCUGGAACCAAGAAGAAGAAAGUUCCACAAACCAAUUACAAUGACAAUCCCAAUUCCAAAGAGCGUAAACAACGAUGGUGUCGGAUCUGUGUACAGCGGAGAGACGCCUACAUUACGUUUGCUUUGUAGUAUUACUGGCGGGACAACACCAGCUCAGUGGGAAGACAUCACUGGCUCUACACCUCUUACUUUUGUUAAUCAGUGUGUUUCCUUCACGACAAAUGUGUCAGCAAGAUUCUGGCUGAUAGACUGCCGACAAGUCCAGGAUUCUGUUAGUUUUGGCUCUCAGUUAUACAGAGAGAUCAUCUGUGUCCCAUACAUGGCCAAGUUUGUCAUAUUUGCCAAGACCUUGGACCCCAUUGAAGCACGACUGCGCUGUUUCUGUAUGACUGAUGACAAAAUGGACAAGACGCUGGAGCAGCAAGAGAACUUCACGGAAGUUGCACGAAGUCGAGAUGUUGAGGUCCUAGAGGGAAAACCAAUAUUUGCUGACUGUUUUGGAAACCUGGUGCCCCUAACGAAGAGUGGACAGCAUCAUGUCUUCAGCUUCUUUGCCUUCAAAGAGAAUCGACUAGCCCUUUUCAUUAAAAUUAGGGACACAGCACAGGAGCCUUGCGGUCGGCUUUCUUUCACGAAAGAACCGCGCACAUACCGCAGCCUGAACCACAAUGCAAUUUGCAACCUUAACAUAACCCUCCCAACAUAUUCCAAGGAAUCUGAUUCAGAGCAAGACAUGGAUGAUGAGAGUGAAAAGAGUGACAAGAAAUAUGAUGAAUCAGAAUCAAUGGAGACAUUCUCACUGAAAACAAGUCAACCUCUGGACCCUGCAACACUUGCAAGUCCAGAUCUUCUUUCUGACAUGUCAGAUAUAAAAAUUCCCAUUUUGAAUACAGAGCAUUCUGAUCACUUCAAAAAUUCAGAGGCAGACGGUUCUAGGUGGAGUGAAGAAAAUGAAAUUCUGCCCAACUAUGAACUCGAAGAGAGGCAUGUAAAGGUUGGAGAGAUUCAAAGAAACCAGACUAAAGAUCAAGAGCAAGAAGACAGUUCAAGAAAAGCAAAAAAGUUAUCGAUCUUUGAGUCAGGUCAAGAAAGGAAAGUUGAGACAAAGAGCACUUUAGGCAGACUCCCCACAGAGGAAAGAGACAUGAGACCCAUUGACCCAUGCCUUGUCAUUGAGACAAAAUUGGAACAGCAAGCUGCAUUGAUGGGUGAUUCAAAAGAGGAGGUUGUCCAAAAAAACAGUGAACAGCUUGUUGUGAAGUCUGAUGUUAAACGAAGGCCGCCAGACAUCAAGAAACCAAUUAGGAGAAAGCUACGAGACAGAGAGCAAUCUGGAUAUAGUAGCUCUGAGGGGGAGCUUGAAAGGAUGAGCUCUGAGGAGUCUUUAGACGGGGAUGUUGUUCUGAAUGAGAGUUGCUUUGUGCUUGAGUCACACUUAAAUCCACCAGCUUCCCCACGAGUGGUUGAAACACCUAUAGGAUCAAUAAAAGACCGAGUUAAAGCCUUACAAGACAAAGUUGAAGAAGAAGAGAGCCAAAAACACGCUCCAGUACAGCUUUCCAGAUCAUCCCUUGCAAAAACAAAAAUGGAGCGUGAAAUGCCAGAGCUUCCCCGUGUUCCUAGAUCCCCAAGAUCUCAAACAGAAAGAUUAGAAGAGACUAUGUCUGUCAAGGAACUAAUGAAAGCAUUCCAGACUGGCCAAGACCCAUCAAAAAAUAUAUCAGGGCUUUUUGAACACAAAGCUUUGGCUCCUUGUGAUACCACGCAAACAAGUAAAUCAGCAGAUUUUAAAGAAAAUUCUCUCGACGGCAGCCCUACUAUUUUAGAGGGUAACGGAGACAGGACAUUGUCAGCCACGAGAGAGUCUUUUGACACAAAUAUUUGUGAGGAUGACUUUGAGUCAGAAAACAACACAAGCGAGGGUACUUCCAAAGUAAAUCAAGUUACCCCAGAGGAGGAGAUGUUUAAAAUGGCUGCAAGGAUAAAAACGUUUGAUGAAAUGGAACAGGAUGCUAAAACCAAGGAUACACCAGAGGAAUAUAUAGAGGAAACAUUUGCAGGAACUGAUAUUGGUUCAACUCUAUGCAAAGAGAGGGUGCAGUUUGAACUCCAAAAAGAUACAGAGGACUUCUUUACAGGAAGUGAAGAGUCUCGACCCAUCAACAUCAAAUGCCAAUUUGACAAUGAAAAUGAGCUUAAUGCGGAUAAUGACAACGAUAACCUACUCCAAGGUCCGUCUCAAGAAACCCAAUGUAUUACAUCCAAGUGUGACCAUUCUGUCACCCACUCUGGGCAAGCCGAAAAACAGGAGCAUUAUUAUCAUUAUUCAGAAAACAGUAGAACAUUUGAUCAAUCACCAGCUCAAUCACCAAGUGAUGACAAAACCCCCGAUCAUUUUCAGUUUGAAGAGGGAAAGUUAUUUGAAAUGACCAGAGGCGGUGCAAUUGAUUUGACAAGAAGGAGUGUUAAUGAAGAGGUCGAAGGGUAUGCAUUUUUUCAAAUAAAGGGGCAUCCAGUUGACGAUAUUUUUACCGAGGAGACUGGGCAAGAGCAAAGCAGAUUGUCAAAAUUCCACAACAGUAAUUCAAUUGUAGAGGAUAUCCAACAGAAGACAACAGAGAUUUAUGUUCCUACACCCAAACCUCGAACUUUCGUAACAACUUCAUGUGAGAAGUCAAAGAGUGACAAGCAUCUUUCUGAUGCUGAUCUUGGUAGCUCAACCGAAGUUCAGCUCGGUUCACCAACAGGGAUGGACAAGCUAAACCUUAUUCAAGGGGAUGACAACUAUCUUGACUCUACAAUAGCCGAUCUUCAGGCAAGCACAAAGCAAAGUUGUGAAUUACUAUACUCCUCUGCUGAUGAGGAUGAUGAGGAUGAUCAGUGUUCUGUCAUUGAAAUGUCUUUUUCAAAUGCACUCCGUGAUGUCAAUCAAUGCAGCCAAACAAAGAAGGGUAGUAACUUAAAAGUGGGAAGCUCUCCAAGGGACUCUGAGCCUGAUUUGUCAAACACAUCAGUAGACCCAAUAAUGAUUCGGAGAACAAGAUCUGAGACAGGUGAUGAUCAAAGUAAAGUCUCAAGUAAAAACAGCAGGAGUUGUUCUGACAGUGCUCAAUCCACAUAUGAAUCAAGUCUUUCCUCGGCUAAACCUCUUCCAUCAUCGAAACAAAUGAAAGGAAUCGUUAUCUGUAAGAAUGAAGAAUCGUCAAUUUCUUUGGAUACUGAUGACAUCAGCAGCUCAAGUCACAAAAGUCCAGAUUCUGUUAUCUUUAUGUACGACAUCCCAACCUCAAGCAGUUUAGAUUUGGACCCGUUGACAGCUGUGCAGCCAUCUUCUGGUACAGCUGAUGUGUUUGAAUCUAGGCCUACCUGGGAUGACACAGUGGAAACUCAGAUGGAGAGACUCACCGAUGAACCAUCUCCACAAUGCAUGGCAGUGGAUUGGCAGGAUGAUGCUGACAGGAAAGAGGAAACAUUAGCUAUCAUUGCCGAUCUCCUUGGCUUCAGUUGGACUGAGCUGGCAAGGGAACUGGAAUUCAAUGAGGAUGAUAUUCAAUUCGUUAGGUCACAGAAUCCCAAUUCACUUCAGGAGCAGAGUCAUGCCUUGCUUCAACGUUGGGUUGAACGGGAAGGCAAACAUGCCACAGAAGAUUAUCUGAUCAAGAAAUUGACCAAGAUCAAUCGGAUGGAUAUUGUUCAUCUAAUUGAAACCCAGAUGAACAAGUCAAUUCAAGAACAAACCUCUAGAACAUAUGCAGAGAUUGAGAAGACCUUGGACCAUAGUGAAGUGUCCAUGGCUCUAUCUUCAGUGCAAGACGAUGUGGACAGUCCCCGAAUUGUGAGAAGGGUUGAAUCAGAUCGCAAACCUCCCCCAGCUGUUUCUGAAGAGGAUCUCUCUGUAGCUUCUCUACUUGACAUACCUUCAUGGGCAGAGCCUGCAGGGCAUACCCACUCAGAGAGUGUGCAUGGUGACCUUUUGGAGGAGCUUGACAUUACACAUGAACUCAACCCUAACCUUUGGACUUCAGAUGAUGUAAUUUCACACGAACGUACGUGCUAUGUCAACUUGGAUGAGCAAGUAAGUACGCCCCCCACAAAAACAGGAGGUGCAAUGAAGAGCAAAGCAACUCGAGUUUUUGAUGCUGAGUACAAAGUGAAAGAGCAGCAAAUAUCCAAACCUUUUCAUGGCAGAGGUCAAUGUGGUCUGCACUCUGAAGAUUCAGAUACAGAGCUUUACUUUGACUGCAGACAGGAUGCAUCAGAUUCAUCAGAGACUGAACCUAAUGAACCAGAGUUGAGACUAGUGGAGGCUUCCUUUGCUGAAGAAGUUGGACCCAUCGAGAGUGAAGAUGUAUUAUUCGAUUCCGAGGCAUCGGCUGAGGAAAUCUCCUUGUGUGCAUUGCCCAGGUCCAAAAUAAGAGCAUAUGAUGAUCCAAAUUCUGUGACAAGGGAGAUCAACGCAGAAAUUGGCUCAAUGUCUGAAAGUUCUGAUGAUGAAUUUUUGAGUACCAGAAUUGUGCGAAGGAGAGUUGUCAUUCAGGCUGAUGAAAUGCCUGACCUUCCUACUCAGACCGUGACAGAAGAAAAGUUCAAAGAUGAAAAUGGGCACAUUGUUGUCAGAAAGGUUACUCGAAAGAUUAUUCGCAAAUGUGUUUCCUCGGAUGGAGUGGAGCGGGAGGAGGUCUCAAUUGUGGGAUCACCCCAGAGGUCCAUAAGUGUUGCAGAGGGCGAUGGCUACUCAAAAGUGGUGAAGCGCACUGUUCUGAAGAGUGAUGGUGACCAUACUGAGGUUACAUUUGCUGAAAGUGCAGGUUUCUCAGCAUCACAAGAGACCACUGAGCUGCGUAAUGUCAGUCUGGCAGAAAGAACUACUGUGGUGGAAGGUAAAAGAACAGUGACACACAAAGGGGACAUGUCUUUGGCUUCUGACCUCCCCUCAGCCCAAGACGACUUUCAACAGGCACUAGGUUAUAUAGGUGAAUUUACCAGAGCAGAGCUCCCCCAUGUGGUUGAAAGUGAGACUGUCAAAGAUGACGGCACUGUGGUCAGGAGGGCCCACAUGCGUAAAGGUCAGACCCUCAGACGGACAGUGGUGCAGGGAGCUGGGCAGCGCAAACAGGUCUUCCUCGAGCAAGUAGACGGCCCCGAAAAAUGUUCCAUACCACACGAACUCCAGCAGCAUCUGCACCAGUUGUUUCACCACUACUACGAAGAAAACCAGGGGAACCAGAGUGAAAAAGAUGAAGAUGAGGAGGAGAAACAGUAG